AUGACUAAGUACCUGCCCGUCACUUCCGGACAUCUGACGCCGGCCGCUAGAGUAAAAUAUACCUCUGCGUCCGUUCAGGACAUACUAGGCUACACCAACAAUGAAGUGGUUGGCAUGUCCCUUUGGGAUUUCGUUCAUCCGCUUGAAUUCUCGUUCGCAAAGCAGAUCUAUACCCAGAGCAUCAGGCAUGACAUUGCUGCUGGACUGAGUUACUUCCAGAUUAAGCACAAGCUUGGUCACUGGGUUGGGGUCGAAUGCGUAUUCAACGUGGUCUAUGAUGUUUUAGUAUCAAGCACCAGCAUCUAUCAGAGGGGAUUAAGAAGUCAAAAGAGGGCAACCGACGCUCCAGCUGUCAGACGACUAUUUUGGUCACCAUCACAAUUCGACCCACGAUAUAGCAUGCUCUCGAAUAUUUCGAGCAAAUUUUCGCCAGUUCCACAGAUCCUCUCACAUGAGCCGCGCGCGGCUUUAUUCUUAAACCGAUUUACCCGGUCUUCGAACAUCAUGUAUGCGACAAGUGGCGUAGCCCGCGUUCUUGGGCUGAGGCCGGCGGAUCUCGUUGGUAGGAGCUUUUACUACUGCAUAGAAGAGUGUAGUCUGCAUGAGGCCGUGAGAUGUAUUGAAGGGGUGAAGUCGAAUGACACGAUUUCGUAUCUCCGGUUCUGGUUCCGAAAUCCAUUGCUGGGCGAGAAUAGCACGGAUGACCUUGCGGAAUAUGGAAGCGAACACAAAGUUCAAGAGGAGGAGCAGGGUGAUGAUAAUGAUGUUGAAAUGCGAGAUGAAACCUGUGUCGACUCACGAAACACCCUGAACAAAUGCAAUAUCACGGACAAUAAUACCAAUUUCUCACGAUCAUUGGGCGAUAUCCAGACGACCACCAGCAACAGCAACAGCAACAGCAACGACAAUAACCUCCAUAGACCACGAAUAGAAAUCGAAGCAGUAAUAUCCUGUUCCUCCGACGGCCUCGUUGUCGUCCUGCGACACGCGCGGCCAGUAAUUCCACCCUCUCUCGAAAAUAUCAGCUACUAUUCAGCUUACCUCCCCGCAUCACCGUGGGACACCGAUUCCACAAUCCCAGUCCAACAAGCAGACUCCAGCGAGCCACCAGAAUCAAUUCCGUCGUCCCUCAGAGGGCCUGAGCAAGGAGAGCUGAUGGAUACCAUUCGCGACGUCGCAGUCCUUGCAUGGGCGUCAGGCGUGAAAUGA